CCUCCUCCCACUUGUCCUUUUUGAGUCAUACAAAGAAACACAGUAGAAGGGCAUUCUCUCUCUCUCCUUUUCUCUCUCAAUCCUACUUCCUUCCUCAACGCCUAAACACUUCUCUCCACUCACCUGCUAUAGCAGUGAAUGCUCUCUCUCUCUUUCUCUCUUUCAACCACAGUCAUCUGAGAUCCCUGGUUGUUCUCAUUCCCCUUCUCAUCUCCGUGAGCACCUGACGUUGAGGGAGCUUGUUCCCUCUCACUUCCAGAGGUCAAUAUUCCUGCUUGCGGCGAGAGCUCCGCGCUGGCGGCCCAGCCCCUUUCCCGCUUCAGCCUGGGACGAAAGACCAUUCUGGUGGCUGGCGUGGCCGUCAUGCUGCUGUUGGUGCUGGUGAUCCUCAUACCUGUUUUGGUUCAUCUGGCGGGCAGCAGCGAAAACGGAGGUCAGUACGAGAUGCUCGGCACUUGCCGAAUGGUCUGCGAUCCAUUCUUGGAAAAAUCUGGCACUACGCCUGGUAUCGGCACGGGAACGGCUAUCACUAAUGCGCAACUGGAAGCUGAGGCGCUGACUGAUCAUAGCAUGGGACCCCCGUUGCCCAACUACGCACACGGUCCGCAGGGCAAACCCGGCCGCCAAGGGAAACCAGGGCUACCGGGACCUCCAGGACCCCCGGGGCCACCUGGAGAGCCUGGUCCUCCAGGACCAAUGGGGCCACCGGGAAAUAAAAACCACACAGAGCGACCGGAGAUCGUCGCUCUGGGUGGAAGAACAGCUACUGGAAUAGGCACAGCGGUCUAUACCAUGGGACCCCGCGUGGCCUUCUACGCAGGUCUGAGAAACCCACAGGAGGGCUAUGAGGUUCUGAGGUUUGACGACGUAGUUACAAACAUUGGGAAUAACUACGAUGGAUCAACUGGGAAAUUUGUGUGCAAGGUUCCAGGGACGUACUUCUUCACAUACAACGUCCUCAUGAGAGGAGGGGACGGAACCAGUAUGUGGGCGGAUCUGAUGAAAAACGGACAGGUGAGAGCCAGUGCGAUCGCCCAAGAUCAGGAUCAGAGUUACGACUACGCCUCAAACACUGCCAUCCUACACCUCGACCCCGGGGACGAGAUCUUCAUCAAGCUGGACGGUGGAAAGGCACACGGCGGGAACAGCAACAAGUACAGCACUUUCGCUGGCUUCAUCCUGUACAGUGACUAGAGGUCAGGAGGUCACUGAGUUCAGUCUGACGUUUGUAUGGGCGAGAGAUAUUAGGGGGUCUUAAUUGAUUGAAGUUGUAAAUCUGAUAUUUAUUAACACCUCCAGAUUUUAUUUUCCAUUUUUCCUCUAUGGUUCUGUUUGCUGCAGGAUAUUUUCACCUGAAAUUCAACAGCUAUUCACGCAUAACUGAGUCACAAAACACAACAAUGUAAUUUGUUUCAAGGCUCAACUGAUUCACUAUCCACCCUGAAGGAAAUUGUAGUAGGCACUGGAUCCAAUGAGAACACGCUUGAAUCUGCACAGAAACCUUCAACAGACACACACGACAUCAACCCGAAGGAGAGAGCAGGGCUUCAGGGUUUCAGUCGUAACUGAUUGAAAGCCCAAUCAAGUGAGUGUUGAUAUUUCAUUACGAUGUUGUCUUUACAUGUAUGAUCAAUCUGUGAAUCUACACUGAUGUUUAUCAAUGUCUCCGACAUAAUGUGAAGUGAAUGAUGUUAAAUGAUUCCCUAAAAUCUUACUCAUCCUGAGUGUGUGCACCUGGUUUUGUCCGUUGUAAAUCAUAGUAUUUGUGAUUGAUGUGGAAGUAAUAGCACAAAUAAAGCUCAGCAUUUAUUUCAGCUUUUAGCUAAAGCUAAACCCGUUCAUUGUUUUUUUUAUUUAUCAAUAAAUUAUGAGGUAUGUGGCUUUCUUAGCUGAUAUUACCAUUAAAAAUCUCUUAGCGUAAUAAGAGUUACCACUUAAUGGAUGGGGAUCUACAUGGUAACUGUAACAGUGAUAUCUCAUUUAUAAUGACGACCACUAUCUAAAACCAUGUAUUGUAUAUAUGGCAUUAAUCAUGACCUGUACAAUAUGUCUAAAUAUCUUCUGUUCUAAAUGUAACCGCUAAUAGAUUUUUGCUUUUGCUAAUAAAUGGGAUUUUUGUAACACU